AUGAAGCUCCCCUGCUUCGCAUCAGCACAUGCUGGACCUGCUCCGUCAUACUUGACUGGUCGCGUGGGGGACGAGCAUCUGGAAGCACCUAACAAGCUUCAAGCUGUGGCAGUCGCCAAAAUGAACGGCGUUAUUGAGGCACCUAGGAGCCCCAUUCUGUCGCAUACCUACACUGGCCGGCCACUCUCAGGCACACAUGUACUGCCCCUCUAUCUCGAGCAUCCGACUCCCAGACCGAACUUGAUAUACCUACCCAACACCAGCCCUGCCACCCUUGUAUUUAGCUUAACCCACGCGAACCUUUUAUUCCUAGCGACCUCUUCUACAGAAAUCGAACCACUCCUUGUUCUCGAGUUUCUACACAGGGUGAUCGAUACGUUCGAGGACUUCAUUGGUGCCCCGCUUCUCGCUGUCAAGAUUGAGAAUAACUACGAUGUUGUAGCACAACUGCUUACGGAGAUGUGUGAUGCGGGGACCAUAAGCACCACGGAACCAAAUGCAUUGAGGGAAAAUGUUGAAAUAGAAGGUUGGAUGGGCAAGUUGCUCGGGAGCAUAAACCUCAAAACACCCCUGGGCUCGAAUUUCUCGAAUACAAAUACCCCUGCUUUACCAGCACCGAAUACGCCCGCGUUACCUUGGCGACGAGCGAAUGUACGACACACGUCGAACGAAAUGUACGCCGAUGUGAUCGAGACUCUUUCCGUGACGCUUGCACCGUCGGGGCGACCACUCGCCGCAUUUGCAAACGGCUCCAUUGCAUUCACAGCAAAAGUUACUGGCGUGCCGGAUAUUACGUUGACUUUGAGCAGCCCGUCGGGGAAGCACAAUAUCGGGGGCAUCAUGGAACUGCCUGUUUUCCACCCCUGUGUGCGUCUGAAUAGAUGGAAGGAGAGGCCUGGGGAAUUGAGCUUUAUACCGCCGGAUGGUCGGUUUAUUUUGGCGGGAUAUGAAGUGGAUUUGCUGCCGUUUACGAGUGGGAAGAGUGGCAGCUUGAGCGCGAAUAAUCUUAAACUACCGGUCAAUUUGGAGAUGAAGACUGGGCUAGGCCCAGCGGGGUCGGAAUUUGAAGUCAGACUACAGGUGAACAAGAUUCUGGGGAGCCAGAGCUCAUCGGGUUCAAGUCAGUUUGGAAGAGGGAUUGGGUCAGGACGAGUGGGAUCACCGCAUCCCGGUUCCCCUGCUUCUCCCUUACUAGAGGAGUUGACCAUUACAAUUCCACUACCGGAGGACGUGAGGAACCUUUCUGAUAUUCGGCCGAGUCGCGGGGACGCCAGCUUCAACCCUGGAGAAAGAGUUUUGGAGUGGCAUGUGCCCACCAAGGAACUGUCAGGACCGACGACGCAUUUCGGGCUUCGCUGCACAGUGGUUGGGUCAUUAGUUGAUGAGGCAAACGAAUUUGACCCAAGUGGAUUUGCAUUCAACAACGACUAUUCGUACAAUGAGCCAUAUCAAAGUGCGACGGCCAAGACGGAGAGCAAGCCGGACAACAGUAACGAGCAGGACGCGAAGAAGGUGGCGCAAAACAAGAUUCUCAUGCCGAGUUCAGUGUCGGCAAGUUUUACGGUCAAAGGGUGGCUGGCGAGCGGAUUGAAGGUGGAUAGCAUUUUGAUAGAUACACGGAAAAGCAGGGGUUUGGGGGAGGGCAUUAAACCAUACAAAGGGGUCAAGUAUUUGACAGUUAGUAAGGGUGGUGUAGAGCUUCGGUGUUGA